UUUUUUGUAUUUUUAGUAAAGACACGGGUUUCAUCAUGUUGGCCAGGACGGUCUCGAUCUCCUGACCUCAUGAUCCGCCCGCCUUGGCCUCCCAAAGACUUCCACACCUGGGAUUACAGGCGUGAGAGGACUGCUUGAGGCCAGGUGUUUGAGAUCAGCCUGGGCUACGUAGUAUAGCUGUUAUCUCUACAAAAAUAAAAAAAGGUAAAAUUUGUUUCUCCUCUACAUUACAGAUUAUAGCUGAGAUAUUAGUCUUAUUUUGCUUGUAGAUGGUUUAUAUUUUCCCUGAUUUUCAUCGCAGUUAAAACAAACAAAGAGAUCUAUUCAGCAUCUAUAAAGCGAUGUCGGCACUAAUUAAAUUGAGAACCACUAACAUAAUAGAUAAACCACUCCAAGAUUUCCCGUUUUCCUGUUUGCUUUCCAGGCUGCUGUUGACCGUAUGCCCACACCAAACACAACCUCAUUCCCAUUUUCUUUACUUUUCUUUUUUGAGACGGAGUCUUGCUCUGUCGCCCACGCUGGAGUGCAGUGGCGCAAUCUCAGCUCACUGCAAGCUCCGCCUCCCGGGUUCACGCCAUUCUCCUGCCUCAGCUUCCCGAGUAACUGGGACUACAGGUGCCCGCCACCACGCCCGGCUAAUUUUUUGUAUUUUUAGUAGAGACGGGGUUUCACCAUGUUAGCCAGGACGGUCUCGAUCUCCUGACCUCGUGAUCCACCCGCCUCGGCCUCCCAAAGUGCUGGGAUUACAGGCGUGAGCCACCGUGCCCGGCCUCAUUCCCAUUUUCAAGGGUCCUGAGCUUUUUUAAGAUCUUAAGCUAUUUUCUAGGGACCAGCAUGGUAUGAAUGAUAACACAUAAUACGUGUAAGGACCUUAAGAAUUGAAAUUGUCUCACAUGUCAUCUAGUUUGAUGCUCACGAAAGUCCUAUAGGGAUAACAAGUCUUUCUAACUUUUCUUUUUACCAACUUAGUGGAUUACAGUGAAAAUGAAAACAAACAAAGAAAAAAACCACUUUGCUUAUUAAAUGACUGAGCUGCUGCCAUAUCUUCUCUUAGGAGCUUUCAGAGAUCCCACAGAGUAAGCCACCAAGAUUCUCAAGUAGAUAAAACCUUAGCAUCUUCUACUUUAAGGUUUAUUUUAGCCUCCUAACGUAGAGAUGAGAAAACCGAGAUCCAAGAAAAGUUAAGCGACUGGCCACGGUCCUGAGAAAUUAUAUUUCGAAGCAGGGGUGUAGGGAUAUAUGAGAUGGUCUGUUCUAUUACACUCGCUUUUCUCAUCGCAAAUUUUAGAUAAAAAGUCUGAUGUUCCCAGAGACAAAACCUGACGCCGCAAGCUGGAGUGGCGAGUCCCGCCCCGCGUGCCUCAAGCCCCACCCCCAGGGCUGUCUGCGGCAGUGCCUGAGUGGCAACCAGCGCCGGGGACCUCGAGGGGUCCUUCGCAUGGGCUCCCGACGGGCUGCCUGAGCGGGUGCGCGGGCGGCUUCCGGUGUGGGUGACGAGUGGUGGCCGAAGCAGGGGGACAGCAAGGGACGCUCAGGCGGGGACCAUGGCGGACGGCGGCUCGGAGCGGGCUGACGGGCGCAUCGUCAAGAUGGAGGUGGACUACAGCGCCACGGUGGAUCAGCGCCUACCCGAGUGUGCGAAGCUAGCCAAGGAAGGAAGACUUCAAGAAGUCAUUGAAACCCUUCUCUCUCUGGAAAAGCAGACUCGUACUGCUUCCGAUAUGGUAUCUACAUCCCGUAUCUUAGUUGCAGUAGUGAAGAUGUGCUAUGAGGCUAAAGAAUGGGAUUUACUUAAUGAAAAUAUUAUGCUUUUGUCCAAAAGGCGGAGUCAGUUAAAACAAGCUGUUGCCAAAAUGGUUCAACAGUGCUGUACUUAUGUUGAGGAAAUCACAGACCUUCCUAUCAAACUUCGAUUAAUUGAUACUCUACGAAUGGUUACUGAAGGCAAGAUUUAUGUUGAAAUUGAGCGUGCGCGACUGACUAAAACAUUAGCAACUAUAAAAGAACAAAAUGGUGAUGUGAAAGAGGCAGCCUCCAUUUUACAGGAGUUACAGGUGGAAACCUACGGGUCAAUGGAAAAGAAGGAGCGAGUGGAAUUUAUUUUGGAGCAAAUGAGGCUCUGCCUAGCUGUGAAGGAUUACAUUCGAACACAAAUCAUCAGCAAGAAAAUUAACACCAAAUUUUUCCAGGAAGAAAAUACAGAGAAAUUAAAGUUGAAGUACUAUAAUUUAAUGAUUCAGCUGGAUCAACAUGAGGGAUCCUAUUUGUCUAUUUGUAAGCACUACAGAGCAAUAUAUGAUACUCCCUGUAUACAGGCAGAAAGUGAAAAAUGGCAGCAGGCUCUGAAGAGUGUUGUACUCUAUGUUAUCCUGGCUCCUUUUGACAAUGAACAGUCAGAUUUGGUUCACCGAAUAAGUGGUGACAAGAAGUUAGAAGAAAUUCCCAAAUACAAGGAUCUUUUAAAGCUUUUUACCACAAUGGAGUUGAUGCGUUGGUCCACACUUGUUGAGGACUAUGGAAUGGAAUUAAGAAAAGGUUCCCUUGAGAGUCCUGCAACGGAUGUUUUUGGUUCUACAGAGGAAGGUGAAAAAAGGUGGAAAGACUUGAAGAACAGAGUUGUUGAACAUAAUAUUAGAAUAAUGGCCAAGUAUUAUACUCGGAUAACAAUGAAAAGGAUGGCACAGCUUCUGGAUCUAUCUGUUGAUGAGUCCGAAGCCUUUCUCUCAAAUCUAGUAGUUAACAAGACCAUCUUUGCUAAAGUAGACAGAUUAGCAGGAAUUAUCAACUUCCAGAGACCCAAGGAUCCAAAUAAUUUAUUAAAUGACUGGUCUCAGAAACUGAACUCAUUAAUGUCUCUGGUUAACAAAACUACACAUCUCAUAGCCAAAGAGGAGAUGAUACAUAAUCUACAAUAAGGGUCUUAAUGCUUUUAGAAAAAAGUUAAAAUUGGAAGUCAUUAAAAAAAAAGACUGUUAUAAUGGUGUAUAUGUUGGGGUUUUUUUUCUAAGCUUCUUUGUCUUAAAUUUUAAAAUAGUGAAUAUGUUUGAGACUCCCUUUGACCUUUCAGUUCCCCAAGUUCAUUGUUAACUUUGCAUUUGCAAUUGGUGCAAAAAUACACAUUUCUGUUGUCUGAAUACACAAAAAGUUGUGUCAUAACUUACCCAGAUAUGUUUUUCUAUCAUUUGAAACCUUUUUAGCUACUGUUUGUUUUCAUUCAACUAACAAACAUAUUCCAAUAAUAAAAGCAGUAUAUACAUA